CACACACACACAGUCCCGGCUCACCAAUAUCUCCGGAUCCUUGUCUAUGUCAACACGCACCUCCGAUCGCGCUUGUUUGUUUUUGAAUUUUUGAAACGAUUCGAUUCGUUAAAUUCCGUUAAAUUCCGUUUAACGAACAUCCCACGAGGCUCAUUCUGAUACUGGCGUCGCUGUUUUUUGAAAAGGAGUUAUUCAUAGUAGUAGCAACGGUGGUGUUUUGGUACAUACUUUUUAGCGUGGUUGUGAAAAGGAGUUUGUUGUUGAUACAUAAAUAUUAACAACUGUUCUUCGUUUACAUCUGCGGAACAGCAGCGGCGGAGGGAGAGAGAGAGAGAGAGAGAGAGAGAGGCGUGGAGUACGGUGAAGGAGGCGAAGAAGAAGAAGGAGAUUAGGUGUUGGAGGAAGGAAGGAGGAAGCAAGAUAGGAGGACGGGACGCUGGGAUGGAGAUGUCCAGGACAAUGCUCUUCAUGGCCGCCGUCCUCUCGCUCUCGACCCUCAGCACGGCGACGAAAGACAAACCGAAGGCUGCGAUGCUCCGGCAGUUCGGGCCUUACGGACGCAGCCCCGACUUCCAGCGGAACUCUCGUAACGACCACCACGACAACCCAAACCGGAGACGACCCAACGACGGCCACAGUCAGGACGACCUGUACGCCAACCACAAUUUCGAGAGGGGGGACUUCGGCGAUUUGGGUGAUGGCAGUCAGGAUUUCGGGGAUAAUUAUUUCGAAAAUGGUGCAGGAUUCUCGAGUGGCGGGUCCUACAGGCAGCAGGAUAGCGGGAUGAGGUCGGGUGGGUCCUUUGACAGGAUUUCGAAGCCUGGACUGAGCCGUCGAGUAGGAUAUCCGGACGCGCUGGAUUGGCGUGGCAUCGACAGGAGUGGCGGCAGCAGCAGUACCAACGGAAGCAUUGACGUCUAUAGCAUCCUGGCACUAGGUAUCUUCGCCGCCUUCCUCGGCUACAUCGUCUACUACUACAUCAGCGUCAACGGAGGAGGCAGGUCCUUCGAAGGGCUUGGGGGAGAGAGCAUGACGAAAAUCCUUGUGGACGUGACGAAGGGGAUCGAGCGAUGGGCCAUGUUUGAGCUGCUGCCCGAUAACCUGGAUGGGUUUGAUAUUUCCGGGUUGUUGAGUCGAUAAGUGGGUUUAAUGUUAUUUGUUGUUCUUUUAGUGUUAUUGUUGAGUUAUUUGUUAUAUUUUUAGUUAUUUGUGAUUUUUUUUAAUUUGUUUUUACUCUUUUUUUUGAGUCGCUGCCCGAUAACUUUGUUAUUUCCAGGUUGUUGAGUCGAUAAGCGAGUUUAAAGCUGGGUUAUUGACUUUUAAUGUUUAAAAACUCUUGUGUGUGUAACUUAAGUUAUUUGUUAUUAAUUGAGAUAUUUAUUUUAUUAUUGUUUUACCUUUUUGUUAUACCCUCGUUAAUCUUGUGUAUUAGUGAAAACACAAAGAAAAUAUAUUUAUGAGAAAGUGAGAUAUAUAUAACAUUGUACUGAACUAAUCAAAAUAACAUUUUAAUGCUAUAACUUAAUUAUUUGUACUUUCAUGAAGCUCUGUCACAGUAAGAGUAAUAACAUAUAACCAUGACGUUUCGGACUCAAACUGAACACCUAUCUUAGUGUGGCAUUUUUUCCAUUUCAUUUUACAUACGUUAUUGUCUCUGUACAUUGCAUAUCAUGCCUCGUCUUAACUCUAUAUAUCGUAUCAUUUUAGUUGUUUAAGAUUACAUGAAACAUUCCUCAUUAUACAUCAUUAUCAAGUGGCAUUUAUAUUUGUUAAAGAUAAUAAGAAAUAUUUUUUAUAUAAUGAACAAUACUCAAACGCUUAAAGGCCAAGUUCGACGGCAUCGAAAAGAACUUGAAACAUUUAAUUAAAAUUCGAAUCCAUUUUGCAUACACACACCCAUUAAUAUGUAUAAAAGGUAUGAAUGAGAAUGAAUAUCUUCACACUACAAGAGAUAUAUUUGACCGGUUUCGAUUGUAUCUCCUGUGAAGAUAUUCAUUCUCAUUCAUACCUUUUAUACAUUUGUCAACAUGAAUGCGGUUCACCCAUUAAUAUGUAGGCCUUUAUGUAUAUUAUUUUCCAGCACAUGAUUCCAACUUGGGCAUUAUUAGAUGUAACUGAAAUAAAAUGCUAAGAUGCAA